AUGUCCUCGGCCAAAGUGCCUUUGCUGAAGGCAAGCUCCGAUUUGGAUUUCGUGGCAGGCGAGGACUUGCUUAAUGUCCUUAACGGCCCCGUGCCCAGCUAUGUCAAGACGCUCUUCGAGGCCAUCGUGAAGUGCACGCGCCCGGAGAGCUCCACAGAGACCUGGCAACAGAUUCAGUAUCUCUUGAAGGGGGACAAGAGUUUCAUCGCAAAGCUGCAAAUGUUCGAGCCGGAGGCCAGCGACAUGCAUCGCAUUCGGGACAUCCUCCACUCGGAGUUGGAGGUCACAUCUCUUCCUACCGAGUUCAUGGCCCUGUUCUCGCCUGCAUGUGUGCUGCUGCUGCGCUGGUGCCAUGCACUGGGAGAUGUUUGCGGCUGCACUUCCUCGUUCUUACCAGUGGCGCAGGGCAACCUACUUGCUGCACAAGCGAUGGCCCAAGAGGCCCGAGAUGAGCGGGCAAAAAAGGACAAUGAGGAGGCUGGGGCCAGAGCGGCCAGAGCAGCCAGAGGAGCCAGAGGAGCCGGAGGAGCAGCAAGAGAGGCUGAGCGCCAAACCUCCCAGGCGUCUGCUUCAGCCGAGGUUUCUCAGGAGAGAGGAUGCUUUUUGAAGCUGAAGUCCUUGCUCUCCGGUGAGGUCUUCGCAACCUUGGAGGGCGCCCUACCGACCUGGACCUACAAGGACAUCUUGGAUCGCUUCAUUCCCCUCCUCCCCCCAGAGGCCGGCGCCAUCACGCUCCUUUCAAGCGAUCUGGAGCCCAUGGAACGCUACCACGCGACGCUGCAGUCCCUGGGCCUCGACUGCGUGGAGGAAUGCGAGCUUCACUACAAAGUGGACUCGGCUCUGGCUUCCUUCAGAAGCAGCGAAAGGCCAGUAGACCAAGCAGACCGAGACAAUGUGCAGAUCGAACUGGACCACCGUGUACGUGCCACCCUUGAGCAGGCCCAGGAGGAAAUGAACUGCCUGGACAAGCGUUCUAUCGUAGAGGUGAGGGCAAUGGCUCGGCCACCUGUGGUUGUUUGCUUGAUCAUGGAGGCCGUUGCAAUCAUCCAGCAGCAACCUGUGGGCAGCUGGCGGGAGAUGUCCAGCAUGCUGGGGAAACCGGAUUUUCUCGACAAGCUGAGGAUGCUUGAUGUCGAUACCGUGCCGCCAUCAGUCUGGUCUCGCCUGGAGUGGUAUGUCAACCACGAGAGGCUAGCACCCGAGGUGCGGACCCUGUGGGAUAUCAUCAAGUACGAUUACAUUGGCUACCACUUCCUGAACGCCGACAUCAUCGCAGACAAGAUUGGAACCAUCUGUGAAGGGUUUCAGCACGUCCACGCCGACAGUGCGGACUGUCACCACUUGAGGGAAGAGCUGAAGAUCCCGCCUUGGCUGCAUGCCCUCUCUCUGCUGGCACCCGUGUUCGGCCUCCUUGGCUUUGUGGUGCUCACGCUGAGAUUAUGGAGCUUUGUCGAGCUGAACCGCAGCGUAGCACAAGGCACCAACGAGGACGUUCGCGUGGAGGCCAGGGAGCGAGAGGCGCUACCUUGGAAGUUGGCUCCGAGGUUGGAGUGGGUGGUCAUCAUCCUCGGCACGCCUCUGAUCUUCAUUGUGGCCUGGCACUGA